AUGCAUCCGCGGUCACCGGAGCGCGAGACGUCGCCACAGGGUGAGGUGGUGCAGGCGCCUCUCACCUUUCAGGCGCUUCCUGCCUUCCAGGGACUGCCCCACCUCUGGACGCCGCCACCCUACAUCGACCUCACUGGCGACAAGGACGACAACGGCGACAGUCGCCUCUCUCUAUUGCACCGGCGGGGGGUUUGCCGCCGGCCCGCCGCCAAUCGCGGCCUCCACGCCCUCCCACUCGACCCAGGCAGGCGGCUUCAUCGCACCUUCUUCUUCCUUGCAAUCCCUCUACUCAUCACAUUCUACGCCGGCGCGCAAGCCUGGAUCGCGCUCCAGCACCUGGACGCUCCGCGCGGGGUCAUCCUGCCGCUGCAGCUGAUGGGCGGGGCCGCGUGCCUUGCCGGCGCCGGCUACGUCACCGUCGUCUGCCAGCUGGCCUGCGUGGUCUCCCUCCUCGAGGACCCCAGGCUCAUCGCCGCCGUACGCAGGAGCCGCGCGCUCCUCGCAGGCAAGUUCUGGCCGGCGGCGGCCAUCUUCCUCACGCUCGACGCCUGCAUCGUGGCUCUGCUCAUGGCCUACACGCCUCUGGUGGUGGUGAUGGACGACGCGCUGGGCCUGGGUAUCGCUUUCCCGCUGGCUGCGGGAGUUGGGAUGACAGUCGCUCUGUGGGCGGCGCUCGUCGUCACGCUGGUGGCGCAGCCGGUAGUGUACCUGGUCUGCAAAAACCACCACCACGAGAUCGUUGACAAGGUCCACCUCAACUACGUCGGAGACUACGAGCGGCUCGCCGUCGACGGCGACAAUGCUGGCGUGGAGCUGCAGCCGGCGCCGCAGGUCACUACAACUGCCUAGUCCAGUCCAGUGAGUCCACGGCCCCCAGACCCUAGCCUGCAGUGCUACUCCUCUAUUCAUUCUUGGAUUUAAGAGACAAGUACUUAAAAGUACUCCGUACUACCUAUCAUGUGUUUUAACUGAGACAAUUAGUAAGUGCGGUAGCUACCUCCAUCACAGUUUGAAUGUAUUAUAUUAGUC